GGAGGCUCUUAAGGUACGAAAUGACCGUUGGAUUUGAAAAAUACGCCGGCUGUGAGAAGAAACCGCGAGUAUACUUCCCCUAUAGAUACCCCGCCAAAAAACCAAGCUAAAAUCCUAACGAUCGAUCUUGGAAGAGAGGAGAGAAUGGGGAAGUGGGCGCCGUUUUGGCCUCCAAAGGCGGUGGCGAUUUCGCUGCUGGUCUGGGUCACCGCUGCCGCCGCCGGCGGUAUCCCAACGACGCUGGGCGGGCCGUUCGAGCCGGUGACGGUGCCGCUCAGCGACGAGGCGUUCCGGGGCCACGCCGUCGACCUACCGGACUCCGACCCCCGGGUGCAGAGGCGCGUCAGGGGUUGGGAGCCAGAGCAGAUCUCCGUCUCCCUCUCGGCCACCGAGGACUCUGUUUGGAUCUCUUGGAUCACAGGGGAAUUCCAAAUUGGGGAAGGCAUUGAGCCACCGAAUCCUACUACCGUAGCAAGCAUAGUUUGUUAUGGAAAUUCAGAGAAUUCAAUAACAUAUGAAGCUACUGGUUAUUCCCUUGUUUAUGAUCAGCUUUAUCCAUUUGAAGGGCUACAGAACUACACUUCGGGAAUCGUCCAUCAUGUUCAUCUCACAGGAUUGAAACCAGAGACACAAUAUUAUUAUCAAUGUGGAGACCCUUCAUUACCAGCCAUGAGUGAAAUCCAUGCUUUCAAGACCAUGCCAACUCCGGGACCUCAGAACUACCCAAGACGCAUUGCUGUUGUUGGGGAUUUGGGUCUUACUUAUAACACUACUUCCACAGUAGAUCAUAUGACAAGCAAUCAGCCUGAUCUAAUCGUAUUGGUCGGUGAUGUCUGUUAUGCAAAUAUGUAUCUGACGAAUGGAACUGGCUCGGACUGCUAUUCUUGCACAUUUUCAGAGACUCCAAUACAUGAGACCUACCAGCCUCGCUGGGAUUAUUGGGGAAGGUAUAUGGAGCCUGUCAUUUCAGAAAUUCCAAUGAUGGUGAUUGAAGGAAACCAUGAGAUAGAACAACAGGCUGAAAACAAGACUUUUGUAUCUUAUAACUCUAGAUUUGCAUUCCCAGCUGAAGAAAGCAGAUCUUUCUCCACUAUGUACUAUUCCUUCAAUGCUGGAGGAAUACACUUCAUCAUGCUUGGUGCCUACAUUUCCUACGACAAGUCAGGGGAGCAGUAUAAGUGGUUGGAGAGAGAUUUGGCAAAUGUAGACAGAACAGUGACCCCUUGGUUAAUUGCCACUUGGCAUCCACCUUGGUACAGCACCUACAAAGCCCAUUACAGGGAAGCAGAAUGCAUGAGAGUGGAAAUGGAGGCACUGCUCUACUCAUAUGGCAUUGACAUCGUGUUCAAUGGUCAUGUUCAUGCCUAUGAAAGAUCAAACCGUGUUUAUAACUAUACCUUGGAUCCCUGUGGUCCUGUUCACAUAGUGGUGGGGGAUGGUGGCAAUAGGGAGAAGAUGGCGAUGGAUCAUGCAGAUGAUCCUGGCCAUUGUCCAGAUCCAUCAACCACACCUGAUGAAUAUAUGGGUGGCUUCUGUGCAUUCAACUUCACAGCAGGCCCAGCUGCAGGCAAGUUCUGCUGGGACCGCCAGCCUGAGUACAGCGCUUUCAGAGAAAGUAGCUUUGGACAUGGGAUUCUAGAGGUGAAGAAUGAGACACAUGCCUUGUGGACAUGGCAUCGGAAUCAGGAUAUGUAUGGUAGCUUGGGAGAUCAAAUUUAUAUAGUUCGACAGCCUGAUAAGUGCGCAGUCAAACACCAAGUCAAUUGAGGCUCAAACCAUAUGGUAUAAAUAGUUCUGGAAAAUGCAUUGUUUGCAUGGUAAUCUCACAAUAUCAAAAUUUCUAAUGAAGAGAAGCACAGAAGUUAGCAUAUAUGUGUAUCAGAUUGCAGCACAUUGAACAGAAAAGGGCAUAAAAAAUGGGAGAUGAAUUUAUUGAAUAAUGCAAUAAAUGUUGUAGAAUGAGCUAUGAGUAAUUUGAGAGAAUAGAUUCAAGUUUGAAAUAAGAGCUCAUAAAGUACUUGAUAUCGACCACUGGCUUUGGCUCGGUGACAGAUUACUGAUGAUAGGUUGUUUACUCAAAUUUCCAUUUACCUAGAGUUGCAUGUUAAGCAGAAGGAAUGCAGACUAGAUUAGUCUGAAUUGCAUUUAUCAAAAUGGAAGGUUGUGCAAAGUGAAGAUUAGGUCUUCUCUAUGGCUGAAGUUGAGCCAAGACUCAAUCAAUACCUGCUAAUCUUGGUUGUGUCAUAUGACCAUGAAGCUCUUCAUAAAUUCCCAGUAGGUUCUUAAAUCCAAUUCUUAUUUAUCUACCGUUGGUUGUUGGUGAAAAGG